CUACCACAAGAGAAACCUUAUCUUCUACUUCUUCAUCUUCAUCAUCAUCAUCAUCAUUCAUCUCUCCAAACAUGCUCUCUUUCAUCUCCAACCAGAUCGACCGGCAAAAAGAUGUCUCUCAUGAGGAAAAAACCCUAAACGAUCUCGAACAAUCCGACGGUUCACAUUUCCCUGGCGAUGACUACCGUCCGUCCGAUCGAAAAAACUGGAUGGCUGGUCUAACAUUGGAGAAACUAACUCUUAACAAGAUCGUGUGGCCAGGGACGCACGAUUCAGCCACCAACGAUAUCGGAAUACCUCUCAUCUCUCGUCCCUUAGCUGAAUGCCAGACGCUAUCCAUCUACGACCAGCUUGUCCUCGGCACGCGUGUUCUCGACAUCCGUGUUCAAGAGGAUCGCCAAAUCUGCCAUGGGAUUCUGACGUCAUACGACGUUGAUGUUGUCAUCAAUGAUGUCAUCAGAUUCUUGUCGGAGACUCACUCGGAGAUUUUAAUAUUGGAGAUAAGGACGGAGUUCGGACACAAAGACCCUCCAGAGUUCGAGACUUACUUGUCGGACAAGUUAGGUGAGUUCUUGAUACAUCAAGAUGAUAACUUGUUCCACAAGCCGGUAUCAGAGAUUUUGCCGAAAAGAGUCAUCUGCAUCUGGAAACCUAGAGAGUCUCCGAAGCCGAGCCGUGGUGGAAUCCUCUGGAACUCAGAUUAUCUAAAAGAUAAUUGGAUUGAUACGGAUCUUCCUUGGACGAAAUUUCAGAGCAACUUGAAGCAUCUAGGCGAGCAGCAAUCGAUAUCUUCUAGAAAAUUCUUUUACCGGGUUGAGAACACCGUUACGCCGCAAGCAGAUAACCCGGUUGUGUGGGUUAAACCUGUGACUGAUCGGAUCAGAAAACAUGCUAGGCUUUUUAUAUCUCAGUGUGUUGCCAAGGGAUGUGGUGAUAAGUUGCAGAUUCUGUCAACUGAUUUCAUCGAUGAAGAUUUCGUCGAUGCUUGCGUCGGGCUCACUCACUCAAGAAUCGAAGGGCAAGCUUGAUCAAUCUCCAAAAUUUCACCAGCGUUUGCAACCAAUAUAUUUCUUUGGUUUAUUGUUGCGUGUAUUGUAAGUCACAUUAUCUACAAAGUCAUCACUGUGAAUUUCGCUGUGUACCUUCCUUAAAUUUGUAAAUGAUUCGAGCACUGCCGUUCUGAUUGUAGCAUACGAUUA